UGUAAACAAUGAAACUAUGAGCAGGUCCAAAAUCAUCUGAUAGUUGUCUGAAGCGACGAAAGAUGCCGAAAAAGAAAGGAAGCAAGGGCAAGGGAAAAGGAAAAGGUAAGAAAGAUGGCAAACUGGAGUCUAAAGCCGACAGAGAGUCAGAGAUCGAAAAGUUCAAAUCAAACGCUGAUUUAUGGGAGGCGAAGUUUAAUAUCACGGAAAUUUCGCGUGUCGAGUAUCGCGAAGCUACUCGAGCGCUCGCCAAAGCAAAUGAGGAGCUAGCGAACCAACAAUACAGAGCCGAGAAAGACACAAACGAUAUUAUUGCUUUUCUGAAGAGAACAGACCGUGAAAAGACAGCAACGAUUGCUGCAUUAGAAGAGCAACUGAAAAGAGAAAAGGCAAAAGCUUCACAAGAGAAAGACCUUCUGGUGGCUGAAUACAUGCAGAAGAUUGAUGCUUUAGAAGAAAGGUUUAGACAGAGGUCAAGCGACUUCCAGAGGAUGCAGGGCGAGCUUAAAACCAUUAAGCAUUAUCGCAAAAUAAAGGCCAAUCUGGAAGAAGACCUGAUUAGUAUGAGAGAAAAAAUGUAUAUUGCUGCCCGUGGACAUCAAAAGAGUCUGACGAGAACAGAGUACAAGUUUUACACAGCACGAAUUCACCUUGAGAAGGAAGCGGAGCAAAAGAUCACUCAGCUUGCAGAGCAAGCGCAUCAUGAAGCUAUUGCGCAGCUCGGUACAGCAUCACAUGCUGUGUUCAAGGAGAAUGUACGGUUGAAUGAGGCACUGAAUUAUUAUAUGAAAGAGACAGAGGAACUGAAGAGGACAAAUGUAGCCUUGACAGAGAAGAAUGCUUCCCUUGCGCUCUUAAAGGAGACAAAUGAAUUGAUGAGAAACGAAAGCGAUUCCCAGCUGAGAUCCCAACAAAAUGAGAUCUCCGAGUUGAGGUCUAAAUUGGUCACACUUGAGCAAGCUCUGGGCAUCAUGUCUGGGGAGUUUGAACAGGAGAGAGAAGAGGUGGAGCGGCGUGCCAUGGUCAGCAUGCAGGCCAACAGCGCAGACCUCGAGAGGUUGGAAAUGCUUCUAGCUGCCCGUGAGAAGGAGCUGGGCCAAGUGAAACGGCUGGCGCAAAACAUCAUUGAGCAGCGCAAAGAACUUGAGCUCUUCUUUCACGAAGCUCUUGACCAUGUGAGGAAGGAAAUAAGAACACAGCAACAACACUACAGACAGGAGGCUCUGAAGGCCUAUCGCUGGAGAAUGAAUGAGGCUCGGGUUGGAAGGUUGGAGUAUCCUCGUAUACGGACCUUCUCUAAUGCCCCGCACAGCACCAAUGAUGUUCAGACUGACCUGGAAGAAGCUGACAAAUGGAGCAACUUGAAAAGCUCCAGUGUGGAUAUUUCUGAUCUAACAUGGGAGCAGAAAGAAAGACUACUCAAUCUGCUUUUUGCUAAAUUGAAUGGACAAAAAACAAGGAAACCAGUCCAUCUUCCAGCUCUACCAACAUCUUCCUCUGAGAAGAUCCAGGUUAGCAGUGAUGCAGGGUUUACUGAAGAAAAACGUAGCCUGACAUUUAUAACCCAGAUGCCAAUGCCAAAUAUGACCUCUGACCCCAGUGUUCUACCAGCACUUAAGAGCACCUGACUGUGAAACUUCUCAUAUAGUAUUAUAUUUGAAUAUUUCAUUUAAAAAUACAGGACAACACUCUGAGGUCGGAGGUCCCAAAUUUCAUACUCACAUAAAUAGCAGGUACUUCGGUGUAAUGGAAUUCCCUGCAGUAAAAUCCCAAAAAUAUAUAAAAACACACAUCUUUAAACAAAUAUAUUCUCUCCCUUCUCCGUCCACUGAUAUAUUUUGUUAUUGUUUUAUUAGGUUCAGUCUGCGGUGUUAAAUUAUGAUCUUUUUUUCCUCUGCUCAUUACUAAAUUCUGUAACUACAUUACCAGUCAAAA